UCGUCAUUGCGAAAUAGUUAUCAAAAUGAAAUAUACCGUGCUUAUUUUAUUCGCCAUCGCGGCAUUUGUUUUGCCAGCCUUCGCAGGCAACGACUACCUUUGGGGCACAAUCGGGGACAACGACUACAAAUUGGCUAAGGAUACGGUUAAGAAGGCAUUUUUCGUUGGCCUGAAGGUGAAGAAAACGUAUACAUUUAAGCAGUCGGACAACCUUAACGCGCUCACCAUCACGGCAAUCAAGGUUACGGACAAAAAGAAGAGCCACGGUGCCACUGCCGUACUCAAAAGUGGAGGUCCUGGAUCGAAGGGAGCUACCAUUGCCUUUACCUCAGACAAGAAUUAUGGGAUCAGUGAUGUUGUGGAAAUAUGGGGUCGUUAAAGUACAUUUCUAAAAUCGUGUCUUUGUGCCCAAGGAAUUAUAACUAAUGCAUGAAAA